AAAUAUCUUGGACUUAUGAAAUGUCAUUUCUCAUUUACAUAGUGCAAAAGGAAACCUUCUUUCAAAGCCCUGGACAUCUCUAACGUGCCGCCUACUCUCAUUAGGCUGAUACGCUGCACAGCCAAUUUGCCCUCGUAGCUCUCGCAACAGGCAACCAAGAGGGCACCGAUAAACCUCGAGUGCUCUCUUCUUUGGAAUCAUAUCACGAUGCCCGAGUCUCUUCACUUGUUCGACCUUCCCGUCGACAUUCUGUCGCUGAUCCUCAGGCAACUGCUCACAGCCCCAAACGACGGCAGCAUCCCCCUCUGUCCCUGCACAGCCAGCUCCCUCAGCAUCAACCCAGUGCCCAUCUUCCUCAUCCACCCAUCCAUAUACGCCAUCGCCCACCCAAUAUUCUACGGACCGGCAAACACAUUUCUUCUAGACCUAACGGGCAACCACUCCUCCCAUGUGAGGCACUUCAUCGACGACGCCGCAGAGGAUCUGCCGGAUGAUGUGGAAAGGAGCAGCAGGCAACAGGCGCAGAGCCAGCUUCUGCUGCGACAGACCGGAGGCCGAUCCCUCCUCUUGUCGCAAGACGCAAGGCGCAGGGUACGAAAGCUGGAGAUGAGGAUCGAUAGGCUGAGAGGAUGGCUUUGGGAGGAUCUGGGCCCGUUCCUACAGGACAUGGCUGUGAGAGGCGAGCUGGGGGAUUUGACCCUGGUGGUGGAGGACGGCACUGGGACCAAGGAGAGGCCCCAUUCGGCUUCGAGACUGCUUCUGCGGCAGAAGAAGAGAGUGUUUGAUAGGCCCCCGCUGGAAGGGCUGGUCAGGCUGUUGGCGGAUCCGGGGAUAAGAGAGGCGAGGCUGAGAGUCAAGGGGAGGCAUGAGCGGGCGUGGUGUGAGUUUCACCAGGGAAAGGAGUGCAGCUCAUUUUCAUUUCUGAGACGGAGAAAUGAUGAGGUCGAUGAUGAUGCUUUGAAGAAGCAGGACGAGGAAGUGAUUGAGAUUGACUGGAGGGCAAUCUUGAAAGUGAUUGAUCCUGAGAGGAGAAGAAGAGUGGUGGCCUGGCAGGUAUAGCUGGGUCAAGUUUUCUGGGCGUAUAUUUUACCCUAUUGCUUAAUGCUUAUACUCCACAAUUAUCUAUUGGUAUGCUGUUGUCAUUUUUCGAUAGUCUUGGAGACAAACUGCAAGACAGGAAGAGCCAGUCUUUCAGCGGAAGGAUAUACGAGAGUUUGGUAGGAACAUUUUGCGAAAGGCAAUUAUCUUUAUAUGUAAAACUGUACUGCCAUGUAAAACUCAUUGGGCAUAUGAUACCGCAUUACUCUCCAGCCGAUCAAG